AUGAAUUACGCCCCACUCGCCCAGUUUCCCUUGGGUCAAGCCCCACCUCUCAGCUUUGCGGCCAUCAAGAUGCUUCGUCGAGCUGUACCCCAGCAACUCCCACUACAGUUUCGUGUGGAAUCAACAACAGCUGAAACGAGUUUCGUUGUCUACACCUGCACCGUAUCCAGUGUGACGACCAGCAACUCUUGGGGUGUGUCAUACCGUUACUCUGAAUUCGCGACUUUCAUCAAGAAGAUCCAGGAGCAGUGUACGUGCCAGAGUAGCAAGUGUUGUGGAUCAUGCGCGGCUAUUCGAGAGUUUCUCUGGGCCUGCUUUCCUCAAAAGCGCCUUGCGAUUCUGUCUAAGUCCCCACGAGCCAUCGCAGAUCGCAAGAACAAGUUUGAGAUCGUAAUGCAGUAUUUGCUACGCUGCGUUCUACUACCUGGCAGUGCUAUGAAAUGCGCCCACACUCGCCGGAACCUUCCACCUGAGCUUUUCGAGUUUCUUGGUGUCCAAAACGAAGCGGACAAGCGGUCUCUGCUCCAAGUGUUUGUCGACAACUACCAAGGUGCCGCUCUCUCGACAUGCAGCCGAGACAGCUCCCCUUCCAACGCAUCAACCGUGGGCACAAUAGAAGCGACCCAGUGUACGAUUUGCCUGGACGAAGUCGCUUGUGACGACCGCAGUCUUCGCCCCAAUUCCUCAAUCGUACUCUCGUGCCAGCACGCGUUCCAUCGCGAAUGUAUCUUCGAGUGGCUGCUCUUCCAGUUCCACUGUCCGCUGUGUCGCGCUCGGGUUGGUCCUUCAGCUGUGGCCAGCUACUGUCGAGUGAAGAACCACACGUUCCAGUGGUGGCUCAGCAAAUUUGACGAGAAUCCCCUCGGCAUCAAGCAAGUGUAG